AUGUCGACUCUAGCAGCGGCUCGGGCGGACAACUUCUACUACCCACCGGGAUGGGACCCCUCCAAAGGAAACUUGAACAAGUUCAACAACUCGCAUGGCGCGCUGGGAGACCGGGCGCGCAAGCUGGACCAGGGCAUCCUGGUGAUACGCUUUGAGAUGCCCUUCAAUGUGUGGUGCACGGGCUGUGGUCACCUCAUUGGCAAGGGCGUCCGGUUCAACGCGGAGAAGAAGCAGGUGGGGAUGUACCACACCACCCGGGUGUGGAGCUUCUCCAUGCGAGCGCCCUGCUGUCAGCAGCGAAUCGAGGUCCACACAGACCCCAAGAACGCGGAAUACCAGCUGGUGACGGGGGCACGCAGGAAAGUCGAGAGCUUCAACGCAGAGGCUGCGGGGACGCUGGAGCUGGAUAGCGCGGCGGAGCGGCAUGCGGUCCUGGCCGACCCCCUCGCCCGACUGGAGCAUGCGGGUCUGGACCAGGCCCGCGCCUCCGAGGCGCGGGCCAUGGUCGGCGCCCUGCGUCGCGACAGCACCGCGCGAUACAAGGACGACUACGAGACCAACAAGACGUUGCGGAGGGCGCUGCGCGGCGUGAGGAAGGACGAGGGCGCACGGGAGUCGCAGCGGAGGGCGCUGGGCCUGCCGUCCAGCGUGCGCCUCCUGCCAGGCAGCAGGGCGGAUGCGCUGCGUGCCGCAGCGGUGGAUUACGGGGCCGGCGGCGGGCCCGGCGGCGAGGCCGGCUUCCAGAGGGACUGGAAAGCGGCGCGGGCGCGCAUCAAGGCCGCAGACGCUUUUGGAGGGCCGGCGCCCAAGCGGAAGCUGCGAGCCGCGCCGGGGGUGAAGCUGGCCCUGUCCAAGCCACAGUACCUCGUGAAGCGCAGCCUGGAGGGGUACCAGCCCCUGGCGAUGCGUGGUAUGAUCAAGCAACGAGCGAGCAAGGUCUCGGCCCCCGCCCUGCUGCGAGUGCGGCCGACGCGUCGGGAUUCAAACCCUGAGAUGGCAUGCUCGAUGCUGCGGCAAACCCCCGCCGCCUCCACAUUGCUGGACCUGAACGAGUGCCUGGUGUUCAGCACCCCCAACUGGCUGCGCGUGUUUGUGGGCCUGCAAGGCCCCGCCUUCCUGCUGGAGGCGCUGCUCCUGCACCUGCGCCUGUGGACCGAGUGCGACCCCUUCUUCACUGCGGCGGCACUGGAGAGCGUGGCGGCCGCCCUCCAGGCGCUGCACUCCCUGGUGAGCAGUGCGCCCGGCAUGUGCGCGUGCCUGGACCGCCCCGCCUUCCUCCCUGCGGUCUGCGCCUCGUUGGACCCUGGCGCACCGGGCACGACGCAGCUGUCCAUGCAGCUCCUGGCGCGGGCGUGCCUCUUCUCGGGGACGGGCUACCGCCUCACGCUGCGCACGCUGCUGAGGUGCUUCGGCACGGGGGCGGUCGGCGGGCCCUGGGCUGUCUGGGCGCCGGGGGAGGCCGAGGGCAGUGGUGGAGCUCGUAGGGCGCAGGAGCUGGUGUCGGGUGGAAAGGGGGGCGUUUCGGCGAGCGCGAUGCCUCGCGCGCCAGCCGCGGGCACUGCCGGACCUGCAAGGACGGGAGUUGGAGCCCCUCCGCCGGCCCCACCUCCCCCCCCACCUGGUGGGAGGCAGGGCAGGGGCACCCCUCGCACUCCUCCGCCCCCUCCACCCCUCCCACCUGGAGCGGGACAAGGCAGGCCCCCACCGUGGACUCCUCCUCCGCCUCCUCCACCACCACCUUCGGCUGGAGGAAUGCCCAGCAAGAGGCCCCCACAAGCUCCACCGCCGCCGCCGCCCCCUCCACCUGGAGUACAGAGGCGCGCCAGUCCCACUACUCUGAGCAAGAGCGCUCCCAAGAGCAGUCUACUUGAGCGCCCUCGGCUCGACAAUGGCACGGCAGUCGCAGAAGCAGUGGCGAUUCCGACCACACCUCUCGCACAGACAGAGGGGGAGUCACCAGGAGGCCGUCAAGUCCUGGAGUCGUCUACAGGCCUGGAACCCGGUUCCCAGCCUGCCUCCCCCACUCCUGCCGCAGCCAGGGAACCCGCCCCCCCUCCACAGCCGCUGUCGAGCCAGAUGGCGAAGGCCCUGGGGACCAGCCUGGGCGCCGAGCCCCCUGCACCCAGCCCCCGCGCCGACCCGGCCCUGACCUUCCUGGAGGGCCCGCACGGCCGGCGCCCGCUGCUGCCCCUGCUCAUGAGUAUCAUCCAGGGUCAAGUGGCGGGCGGCGCGCUGGACCUGGACCUCACCGACCAAUGCCUGCGCCUGCUGGUCAUCGUGUGCACCAGCCCCGAGGGGGACGCCGGGGACAAUCCCCGGCUGCGCCGCAGCUUCGUGAAGCAGCUGGUGGAGCUGGGCCUGUUCAAGGCCAUGGCAGACCUGAGAGAGUUUGGCAACGCCUUUGUCACAGCGCCGGCGGUGGUUGGGGCCUCGGACGUUGAGGCCCCACGCUACCCUGCGGUGGACCCUGGCCCCCCCCCCGGACGCAAGCUGCGCGCCUUUUUCUGGGACAAGAUCCCGGAGCAGAGGGUGGAGGGGACGUUCUGGGAGACCCACCCACCGGCCUAUGAUUCGCUGGACCUGCUCAGCCUGGAGCAGGCCUUUGGAGCCGUGCAGCCACGACGCGCCUCGGCCCCCACCCCCUCCCCGGGCUCUAGUCCCCGCACCCAGGCGCUGGCGGUUCUGGACCUGAAGCUGGCGACGGCCAUCGGCAUCCGCAUGUCGCGCCUGCGCGCGCCUUGGCGUGCGGUCCCCGCCGCCGCCGCCGCGUUCGACCCGCGCCUCCUGGCCUCCGGCGAGGAUGUGGACGCGCUGCUGCACUGCAUCCCCACCCCGGACCAGGCGGCGGCGCUGGAGUCAUACGUCGCCGCGGGCGGGGACGCGGCCGCGCUGGCCGACGCCGAGGCCCUGGCGCUGGCGCUGGGGCGGCUGCCGCGCCUGGCGCCGCGCCUGCGCGCGCUGGCGGCAGCCCUCGGCGGCCCCACGGUCCUGGCCGACGCGGGGGCGGCGCUGGCCGCACACGCGGCCGCGGCGGCCGAGCUGCGCGGCUCCUCGACCCUGCACGCCCUGCUCGCCAGGGUGCUGGCCCUGGGCAACGUUCUCAACCACGGCGGGCGCCUGGGCGCCGCGCCAGGCUUCCGCCUGCGCGGCCUAGCCAAGCUCAACGACACCCGCGCCCUGGACGGCAAGGCCACGCUGCUCUCCUGGCUGGCAGGCCAGGGCGCGGCCCAGGAGCCGUGUGUGGGGCGCAGCCGGGGUGGCGGGGGCGACGGCCUGGGUGGCGGCGGCGUGGGUGGCGACGGCGUCCAGCGUCCUGGCGAUGGCGGUGGUGCAGCGGCAGGAACAGGAGACCGUGGAAUGUGUGCGCCCCCGCCCGCCACGUCACCUGGAGGAGAGCUGCAGCAGCGCCGGGCCGCGCCGCCCACUCUCCUGGCUGCCCGCCUCCCCGCGCUGGCGUCGCCCCGCCUGCGCAUACCCCUGGCGGACGUGGCAGAGCAGCUGGGGGAGCUGGACCGCCAGCUGGCCGCCGCGCGGGUGGAGGUGGAGCGCGCGCGCUGCGGCGUCGCGGCGGGGAACUCCGGUGCGCACGAAGGUGCCGUCGCACCAAACCCCGACGCCGUCUUCCUCCAGGCCGUGGAGGCGCGAGUGACCGAGCUGAGCGCCGCGACCGCGGCUGCGCUGGCACAGUUGGAGGCCGUGCGCGGUGUGGUGGCUGCCGCCGCCGCCUUCUUCGGCGAGAACGCCGCCGCCGUCGCGGCGUCGGAGCAGGAGUUGUGGGCCGACCUGCAGGCCUUCAUCUCCGCCUACACGGCCGCCGAGAAGGCCUGCCACGCGCGGGCAGCCGCCGCCAGCCCCAGCCCGAGGCGGGGGAGCGGCGCCUUGGGGCGGAGCGCGCGGCGCGCCAGUGGCCUCGAUGGUGGCACAGGGGCGCGAGACCUGUCUGCGGCGCUGGAUGCGGCCGCCGCUUAG